AGGUUGGCCUUCAGCCCCGGUACGAGUAACACAUCCUUCAGCACAACCAGUCCACCAUCAGGUGCUCUGAAUGCAGCUCGACCAACUCCAGCGACCUUCACUGCAUGUCCGGAUGCUGAGCGCACUUCAGAGAUUGGAGGCGCUCGCACAGCAUCCAGCAAGUCCUUGCGUGGUGUCAUUGUCCAUGCAGCACCAGAGUCCAUGACCCACAUGUCAAGCGGGUGCAAUUCCUCUCCAGCCCUUGCAACAGCUGUGCCACUGUCAUCUUUGUCACACACAUGGUAGAACUGUCCAGCAUUCCUCUCCUCAUUUCGCAUUCCUCUGUCAUCCUUGGAGGUUUCUUCAGCAGGAUCAGCUACCAUGUUGGCACCUCCAUGUGGUUGUUUUCCUCCAUUCCCCUUCUCCGAUUGGUUCCAAGGGGUCCACCAGUCGGGCUUGGUAGGGCAGCGAAACCAUGGAUGCCCUUCUUCCUUGCAAUACCAGCACUCUCCCCUCAAGCGUGGUUCACUGUUGUCAUUGUUGGAGUGACCACCUCUUCCUCUUGCACCAGCGCCACCACGCCCCCGCUGGUUCCAAGUCCCGCGACCACCUUGGCUGUGGUAAGAGCGACCGCGAUUGCCACGCCCUCGAUCCCUCCAUGUCCCUUGCAUGGCAUAGCCGCUGGUGCUGUCAUCACCUCCGCGCAGUGUAUAGCGACGAAAAUCUUCUUCCAGAAUCUUGGUGCGAAUCCACUCCAAUGUCCAUUGACUUUGGUUUUGUGGCAAGCUGAGUCCGCUUAUAAAUUGCAGCCAAGACUCCGGCAGCAGGCUGAGCAUCUUGAGACACUUUGUCUGCUCUGGGUACGUGAUGCCUGCAAUCGCCAAUUUCGCGUAGAGUUCCCUCAUCUUGUCCAGUACGGGCUGCACAGCUUCAUUCUCGCUCAACCGCAGCAUGGACAGCUCCCGAUCCAGCAUGAGAGAAGCGGCAACCGAUGUCGGAGCGUGCAGGUCCUUGAGCACUGCCCAUGCCUUGGGCCCACAAUCAAUUUCCGGUAGCAGAUGCAUGAUGUGAUGCCUCUGGUUCAGCUCCAAGCUUUGUGACAGUAGAUAGUACCCAGCAGAUGAACGUUCAUCCCAGUCCGCUUGCUCUGCCAUUUCCUUUGGCCUUGGCUCCGUUCCAAUCAUGAGCUUCAAGAGGCCAAUUUGUCGAAAGUAGAGCUGCAUCUUCCAUGCCCAAUCAUCAUAGCCAUCUCCAGAGAACUUCUCAAUGGUGAAGUUCUUCAGCACCUCCUUAAGCAGUGACCCCUGGCUUGUACGCGCUCCCCUUUGCGCUGCAAUGCCAGAAUCUUGGGUUGAGCUGCCUCCUUGGACUGAAGUAUCACCUCCACCAGAGUCCUCUUUAUCUCCCAUCGUAUUUUAGGUCCCAAAUGCGUGAUAAUAGGCUCUGAUACCACUUGUUGGUUAGAGAAGGCUAUAAGCAGAUGAUUCAAUGGCUCCUUGGAAAUUUCUGCAGCACUUCGUUAUGACGCCCAGAAAACUCGCGACCUUCGAAUAGCUAUAUCAAAAACUCCAAUCGGUGAAACGAUCUGAAAAUCGGAUAUGUUGUAGCUGGCAGUGUCAGCUUUCCACUGAAAGUUGAAUCACUCGAUUCCGUAGCUAAACGAGUGAGCUAUGGCGUUUGGCGCACUGGGGGGUAAUCUGCCCUAGGAGAAGUUGACAGUCCUCAGAGUCACUAUGAUUGAAGCUUACAAGAUCAGAGGCAUGAUAGAAA